CUACAGCUUUUAAGAAAGCAAAGUUUCUCUCUUUUGACAAAAUAAAAAACAAGCGGGUCAAGAGCACAAUUUCAAUCAGUUACUUCACUGAGAAUUCCAUUACUUGUUCCGUUUGUACUAUGAAUUAAAGGAUUGUCGAAGAAAACGUGGGAGAAUUUUGCACCAUUUUUUUUUUUAUUUGUUCGUAUCGUCAAGAACGUACAAAUACUUCAUUGAUGGAGCAAAAGUUGUACGAUUCCAAUGGGCAACCUUGUAGAAUAAAAAAAUUCAAGUAUUGCAGGAGGGUCCUUCAAUUAGUUUUGCUUUUCGAAGUCGGAUGCAUUUCGUUUCCAUGCCUAACGAACAACUCUAAUUAUAAGCAUGAGAUUUACUGGGAGGAUAGAGGUGUUGGAGAUGAUGAGAUAGAUGGUGCAGUGUAUCUGGAGGAAGGAUUGAAUGGACAGGAGAAAACAGCCAUGGAGAAUAGAGAAUUGGAAGUUUUGCUACUGAGGAAGGCUAUGGCUAAAGGGGAUGAUACUAAAGACACCCAAGUGACUGAACAAGAUGAAAAACACUCCUCAGCUGAUCAUGAAGAGAAAACUGCAUUGCUCACUAAUGAAACACAAAUUGGCCAAGAAAAUAAUAUAUUUCUUGAUGAGAAUGGGAUCCCUCAAGACAACUUUGCGGUGAAUUCAACUCCUUACCAACCUAAAACUGCUAAUCGGAAAAUUUUAUCCAAGACAAGGUUUAUCACAGGCUAGGGAUAGUUUUAGGGGCAUUAACAAUGAGUUCCAUAUAGGCAACAGAAAUUACCAGUCCAAAAUGCUGAUUUCCCAUUCAAUCCUAAAUACAAUCUUUGUAUAUUUAGCAAACAAUAAAUUUUAAUAUCUGCUAAAGA